AGGAGGGAGUGAGGAGCGCGAGCGCCGUGCGUGUUCACGCGGGCAAGAGGGCGCGCGGGAGUCCACCACACCGGCCGGGUCACGGAGCCGCGAAGAUGGAGGUCCGACCAGACAGGUUUAAGGCGGUCGCUGCGAAAACUCUGGGGAAAAUAAACAGGCUGAUCGAGAAGAAGCAGCCCAAUGGAGAAACCAUUGAGUUGUCCGCGGAGGGUCGACCUCAGCUGGUGGAGGAGAAGGAGCUGCCCAUGGUCGACUGCACCUGCUUCGGUUUGCCCCGCCGCUACAUCAUCGCCAUCCUCUCCGGCCUGGGAUUCUGCAUCUCAUUCGGGAUCCGGUGUAACCUGGGUGUGGCCAUCGUAAGCAUGGUCAACGAUCACACCGUCUACAAGGGCAACAAAGAAGUUCUCGUGGCUGCCCAGUUCACCUGGGACCCGGAGACAGUCGGGAUGAUCCACGGGUCCUUCUUCUGGGGUUACAUCGUCACGCAGAUCCCAGGGGGGUUUAUAUGUCAAAAAUUUGCAGCUAAUAGAGUGUUCGGCUUCGCCAUCGUGGCCACGUCCACCCUCAACAUGCUGAUCCCUUCAGCCGCCCGCUGCCAUUACAGCUGCGUCAUCCUAGUCAGGAUAUGUCAGGGUCUGGUGGAGGGCGUGUCGUACCCAGCCUGCCACGGCAUCUGGGCAAAGUGGGCCCCUCCUCUGGAGAGAAGUCGAUUAGCAACAACAGCCUUCUGUGGAUCCUACGCCGGAGCUGUUGUGGCGAUGCCUUUAGCAGGAAUACUGGUGCAGUACUCCGGGUGGCCUUCAGUCUUCUAUGUUUAUGGAAGUUUUGGGAUAUUCUGGUACUUGUUCUGGAUUCUGGUGUCGUACGAGAGUCCGGCUGCUCAUCCCACCAUCACGCCGGAGGAGAGGAAGUACAUCGAAGAUGCCAUUGGCGAGUCGGCAACUUUCCUCAACCCUCUGCAUAAAUUCAAAACCCCAUGGCGACAUUUCUUCACCUCCAUGCCGGUGUACGCCAUCAUAGUGGCCAACUUCUGCAGGAGCUGGACUUUCUACCUGCUGCUCAUCAGCCAGCCGGCGUACUUCGAGGAAGUGUUUGGGUUUGAAAUCAGCAAGGUGGGCAUGGUGUCGGCCCUGCCCCAUCUGGUGAUGACCAUCAUCGUACCACUGGGAGGCCAGUUGGCAGACUACCUCAGGACCCACAACCUGAUGACCACCACCAAUGUCCGGAAGCUCAUGAACUGCGGAGGUUUUGGGAUGGAGGCCACGCUGCUGCUGGUGGUGGGCUUCUCUCACACCAAGGGAAUCGCCAUUUCCUUCCUGGUUCUGGCCGUCGGCUUUAGUGGGUUCGCAAUCUCAGGAUUCAACGUGAACCACCUGGACAUCGCGCCUCGAUACGCCAGCAUCCUGAUGGGGAUCUCCAAUGGAGUGGGCACGUUAUCCGGGAUGGUGUGUCCCCUCAUCGUGGGAGCCAUGACCAAACACAAGACUCGUGAAGAGUGGCAGUACGUCUUUCUCAUCGCCUCUCUGGUCCACUACGGAGGUGUCAUCUUCUACGGCAUCUUUGCGUCAGGAGAGAAGCAGUCCUGGGCCGAUAUAGAGGACACCAGCGAGGAGAAGUGUGGCAUCAUCGAUGAGGACGAACUGGCCAAUGAAACGGAGGAUUUGUACCGAGGAGGCGGGCAGUACGGAGCCAUGAGUCAGCAGGUGGUGGGCUCAAACGGCAGAGGGGCCGGGGGAGGAGGAGGAGCUGGAGCCGGCUGGGUGUCCGACUGGGACAAGUCUGAGGAGUACGUUCAGCCGCCUGGAUACAACUCUUACAUGUACGGCGGGGAAGAAGAGAAGGAGCUGACAUAGAAGACGCACUGAUGCGAGGAAAAGAAAAGAUUGUUUUGGGAUCGUCGCUCACUGCACCGCUGAGGGGACUCAUAGGAACAGAGGAUUCAUUCCAUCGUGUGUGUGUGUGUGUGUGUGUGUUUGUUUUGAGUGAGUGCAUGACAACGUUUGGGUUUCUAUACCUCAACUAUUCUGAGCUUUUUUCUGAUUGACCUGAAACGUACAGUGGGAUUUGAGGCCAGCACAUCCAGCAAACAAAUGCCAAGCACUCACACGCACCAGCACACGCUGAAGCACAAGACCCUCUGCCCGACAUUUGACACCCACUCCUUCCCUGACAGCAGCUCCAACACACUUCCUGUACUGGCCAUUUAGAGAGCAUUUCAUCUCUCUCACCUGCUGGUCUUCAGUCUUCCAAAUGGCCUCCCGAAGUUGAUCCUUCCUGACUGGGACUGAUGUCGUUUUUUUGUUACUUUAGCUCUGAGUUCAGGUCACUGGUCAGAUCACGUGUCAAACUCAAGGCAACGCCUGCCAGGCACUUUAUACUGUGUGGCCAGCUCACAUGUGGACGGUUGUCCGCAAAUAUAUCACCAUGCCAUCACUGGGUUUCCCGCCAUGCAUGUUCGCCCAAUGCUCACUGACGGCCUCCCACCACUAGGUGACAGUGUUAACGCCUCUCUACUGAGCCCAAGACGGCGAAAUUAUAGAGGUGGAAGUGAAUAUUUAUUUAAAUUGGAAAGAUGUUUUGUGUCGUUCUCCUGGGUUUCAGCCACAGACUCUCCAACAACAUCCGUGUAUGUUUAGAAUCCUUACUCCUCCAGUGAGUUGGAGCAAGGAUUUUUAUAGAUCCAGGGGUCAGCGAAAGGUCAUGAAUAUGUCAAUCAGAUUUAUGCCUUAAUUGGGUUAAUAAUUUGAACUAAUCCUGGAGGUCACUCACCAGCCUGAACCGGCUGCUCUCCAGUGCUUUUGCUUUGUCGGAACUGUGUUGUCGCGCCUGACACAGUUGGGUGUGAGCAUGUUCGGCAGAUCUAACCGGACGUGUUUGUGAGGAGGUCAAUGAUGGCGCUGCGUUCAGUGGCAGGAUGAGUCUCACCUGACCCAACUAGGUCACGGGCAGCUCGGCUCACAGGUCAGAACGACAACUUCCCUCCCUCUCUCAUCCUCUCUCUCCUCCCCUUCUAUCGUCCUCCAUCACAUCUCCACCUCUUCAGUCCAUCAUGUCUGAGCCUGGCUGUCGUCCGCGCCCGUGCGACUGUGAGCGUGUUGUGUUGGGUGCAGGUGCUGAACCGUUGUGCAGUGAGCAUGUUGUAAUGCGCGGAGCAACGCACUACCCUACCGACCCUCCUCUCCUUUUAACCACACACAUUAGGUGCUAAUUCCAUUCAGACACACUCAUGCGCGUGAGUGAAGGUGAUUUCAUGUGCAGAUGGAAACAACACAAGCUGAAUUCAUCUACCUAAACCAUCACAGCAUCUUCUCUGGAUGCCCUGUAAAAGCAACAACUCCCUCCAUCUUGCUGCAGACAGCUGGGUGAUGGCGUCUCCUGAGAGCAGGAGCGGAGGUCGCAUUGUUCUGUGGCAGUAUUUUGCACCUGAACUUGCAGCAGAGGCGUUCCAUUUCUACCUACACUCUCUAGCUAGCAGACAUACCGACAAUCACAACACAAGUAUUUGACUUUAAACAGUGUUUUUUUUUCAGUAAGAAUGUGUGUGAAUGGAGCUGCAGCGUGUGACAAUGACUCAACAGGGGACAGUAAUAUUUGGCGAGAAAUGUCUUCUGGACAUGAAUGGCUCUCCCAUUUUUAAAUGUUGUAUCGGUGUUCUUUGUCUCAGUUAUUGAAUAUUGUCCUCCUGUGUCCUAUUGAAACGUAUGGCGACAAAAAAAAAAAAAAGAUUGAUGUACAAAUGAAGUUGAUGUGGAAUAUCCUUCUGUAUAAUAAAGUUGAAUCUGAGCUGUUUAACUCGUUCUGACACGGUCAGCCUCGACCCAGAGAUAAGUCUUUAUUUAUUUCCUUAUUAGAUCUGGAGGAUGAUUUCACUUUUCCCUGUGGUUCUCCCUGGACAGAUGGAUGUUGGAUUAUCUGUGAUUUUAGGCAAAGAUUAGAUGGGAGAGCAGAUGCACUGUGCUGGCGAGGGAGCGGCGGAAACACGCCUCACGCUGAGGGUGGGACAAUAUGGGAGCGUGUGUGCCAGGUAUGACUCCUGCUGGGAGAAUAUGCUGCUUCAUUUGCCACACGUGGAUAAGAAUAACACCUACAUAGACUACAAAAUGCAUCAAUAUUUACAAGCACAAUAACCCGGAGGCGCAACAACAUAUGUUUUGACGUCAGGAGCCUCUUGUUGACCACAUUACUGCAGACAUUUUAACACCGGUUAAACAAAAUGAGUUAAGUCGGGUAAUACCAAAUACAAUAUUC